AACCAAAAUAUUACGCAUGACGUCACGUACCAGACGCCAUUGUCAAUAUGCAACUUAGACGAAGGGCAAUUUAAUUUUGAUAAAUACGGGGAUUUAAGGGAAAACCAAUAAAUAGUGAAAUAAAAUUUAGUUAAACAGAUAUAUAUUGCAUUGAACUAUGACUAUUUUACCGAAGAAAAAGCCAAAUAAAGAUAAAAAUGAAACGGAAACUGCUGACCAUUCAUCAAUGGGUCACACACAUACAACCAGUGAAAAUCGACACGAAAAACCAAGUCGUGGUAGAAAUUCGCCAACAAGAUGGUUGCCGUCCACUUCACGGGACGAACUGCUACCUGGACAAGAUCCAGGCGGAUCUUAUGAAGGUUUUGAUGCUUCAAACAGCAAUAAGAGGCGUCACAGGUCAUCACCCCACAGAAGUUCAAGAAAACAUAGACAACAUAAUCACCAAAGAUCAACGCCACAUGCCGCUUCAUCCUCUUCACAGGCAAAUGAGUAUGAAGAAACAAUAACUGGACAUAACAGUGAUGAUGAAUAUGUACCACCAAAGUGUCCAGAUAAUAUAGAAGAGCUGGAAAGUUGGUUUGAAACUUCAUUAAAAGAACAGAAAGGAUUUAUUAUAAAGAAGAUGGGAGAAGAUGGAGCAUGCUUGUUCAGGGCAGUUGCUGACCAAAUUUAUGGUGACCAAGAAAUGCAUGGAGCUGUCAGAAAAAAUUGUGUAGAUUACAUGGCAAAGAAUGCUGAUUAUUUUUCACACUAUGUCACAGAGGACUUUACAACAUAUCUGAAUCGUAAAAGACUUGAUAAUUGUCAUGGAAAUCAUGUAGAAAUGCAAGCAAUAUGUGAACUGUUUAAUAGAUCUAUUGAAGUGUAUCAAUAUAGUCUAGAACCAAUAAAUACAUUCAGUUGUUCCUACAAAACAGAUAAUGAACCGAUCAGAAUAAGUUAUCAUCAGAACACACAUUAUAACUCAAUAACGGAUCCAUAUAAAGCUACAAUUGGUGUAGGUCUUGGUCUACCAGGAUUUCAACCAGGGUUAGCAGAGAAAAAUCUUAUGGGUGACGCUGUACAACAGUCUGAGAACACUCAUAUAGAAAAGUGCAUGUUAGAAGAUAAGCUGAAAGAAACAGACUGGGAAGUCACCCAAGAAACCAUAGAAGAACAGGUGGCAAGAGAGUCUUAUCUCCAGUGGUUGAUGGACAAUCAAAAUAGGGCAAAAUCUCAUACUUCUACAAGAUCAGCAAGUGCUACAUGUACCAGUUGUUUAGCAAGUGCUACUUGUAGUUCAUCCUGUGAUUUAACGUACAGUGAUAAACCUAGCUCUUCUGAAGGGAGGAUGGGAAGGUCCCCUCGUAACCGUAGUAAUCCUAAUUCACAACAAAACAGCCCACAACAGGUGGAUAUUCCUGAACACCAUUCUCCAAAACUAAGCGAACAAGGACGAACAGGUUCACCAAAAACCCAUCCUGAAGUAGAAGCCAUGGAGGCCACAGUUUCUAUACCCCCGGGAGCUGUUGGUGGUGCUUUUAGCUUUGAUGAAACCAGUUCAUUGAUGAAUCACCAGUCAUCACUGCUGAGUGGAUAUCAAGAUUGGGAUGAAGAUGAUAUCCUUGCACAAGUUCUUGCACAGUCCCAACAUGAAUAUUUAGACAGCUUGAGGAAAAACUCUGAUUUGUCUCCCUUUAACAGCUAACAUGUAGUUUUCGUUAGACAUUUUAAUUUUCAAAUUUUUGCACUUCUCUUAAAACAGCAGAAUUAUUAUAUAAAUAAGCAGAUAUUUCUGAAUACAGAAAUAUAUUAGUCAAAACCUAUUGUUAACAUAUUCCUGUUGAAAUGUUUCAGGGUGUAUAAAUUUUAGAAUUGUUUUGAUUUUGAAGUCUUUUGUUUUAUUUUGAUGUUUUUGAAAGAAAAAGAAUUUUUGUAUGAAGUGCAAAGAUAUUUGUAUCAAAAAUGCCAGGAGCAGAUUUACAAAACUUUUUAACAGUCAUUUUAUUAUUGUUAUGACCAGUUUUACUGCUCUCUCUGUUUUGCACAGUCCCGAUAUUUUUACAUUAUUUCAAUAUGCUUAUUACAAUUGUACACUUUGAAUUAUAGCUAUACAUAUAUAAUAAUAUGAAGAAACAAAUUUGUACACUAAUUUUCAAUGUUAGUUUCAUCAUGUUGCACAUCCUUAAAAAUUAUAUAUAUUGAAAAGUAUUGAAUUGUAUUUAUUUUAUUAGACAGAUAUUAGAUAGAAAUGUGUCAUUUGGGGAAAUUGGGAGGAGCCUAAACAAUUCUUUUGGUUUCUCAUUUUUUUUUUCUUCUUAUCAAACAUGUCAAAUUCGUUGUAUUUCCAAACAUUUUCUAAGCUUGUUUUGUACUAAAUUGAUAUUAUAUACCUUUUUUUACGGUAAUUAGUUGAAAAUUUAAAAAAAAUUAUAUUAUUAUUUUCAAAAUCUUGAAAGAAAAUCAUCAGAAUGAGUACAGGAAAAUCAGACCUUGUAUGUAAAAAAAAUCCAAUUGAGAGUUAAAAUUACAAUGGUUCCUAACAUAAAAAAAGGGACUUUCCAAAAAGGAAUAAGGCGUCAUAUUAAUCAGAGAGUUAUGUGGUUGAUUUUUAUAUUACGAAGCCAUUUUGAAUUAUUCAUGUUGUUUUUAAAUUUAUGACUUGCCUUAUGAAUUUUUGUAGUAGAAUAUAUUAAGAAUUUGUUUAUAUUUUGUGAUAACUAGAGAAACAAGUCCAGUGCUGACGACUGUUUUUUUUUCCUUUGCAUUUAUCUUUAUGCUUUUUUUUCUUUUAUUCCAAGACCAUUCAUCAGACGAUCUUAUAUCAUCCUUUAAAUGCCUUCGAAUUCAUUACAAAUUGAAUAUGUACAACUCAUGAAAAACUUUUGACAUAUAUGUUAUUUGGUACUUUCAUUAACAGCAUUGAUUUGAUGAUAUUCAUAUUUUCAUAAACUCUUUAUAAUUAUGCAAAUUAUGCAAAUUACCCUUAAAACCGAUAAAAUUGUAAUGAAUAUUCAUGACUGUACGGGUUAAUUCUGCUAUAAAGAUUAAUCUAUUGUAUCAUCUAUUGUACAACAAUUUUUAUAAGUUAAGGUCAAACUGAAAUGAAUCUCUAUAAAAUUGUAGUUGGCAACAUUCAUAUUUUGAAUACAUCCAUUCAAUUUGAAUUGUUUGUUAUAAAACAGAUUUUUAGAAGGAUUUCUUUUAUAGUAAAAUUUGUAAUGAAAUUCAUGCACUUGAUUUCUAAAAUAAACUGAAGAAUGAGAAAGAGAAAACAAGAUUGCAGCAUUAUUUUCUAAAUCCUUGCCCAAAAUUUGUAAGUUUGUAGGUAAUUUUUUGGGGACUUUAUUAAAAAUAGAAGGUUAAACGGUAUAAAGUAUUUCUAUCAAAUGUCCCAAAAAAUUGGUAUGUAAGGAUUUGAAUCGAAAUAUACUUUCUUUCUGGCCUUUUAAAAUGUAUCUGAUGGUUAACACUAUAUAUUGGUAUUUUUUUUUUAAUUCAAACCCAGGGAUAUCAGUUUUACAAGCAAUUCCAUUCGAUGACAUAUUUUUCAGUCUUAUUAAAUGGUCUUGGAUAUAUAAAUCUGUGAUUUAUAUUAGUUAGAGUGCUAUGAUUCCUUAUUUGUUAAUUAUAAUUAUUUAUCAUGUAUUUCAUACUUGGUCUAGUGGGUACCAAUAUCAAUGUAUUUACAUUGGUAUUAGAGUAGUAAAAGACUUUAUGCUAUAAUUUGUCUUAUUUUCUAAUGUAAUAGACCACUUUUGAGUUCAUCUGUCACUGGAAAAAACUCGUCAAUUAUACACGCCUUUGUGAGGUCAUUAACCAGAUUGAGGGGCUCGCCUGUAUCUCUGCACUAUAAAUGUUCAUCAAGUGCCUUGGUGAUCGUCAUUGUGCAGGAUAAACUAGAAAUAAAGUUUGUUCAGUAGGUACUUAAUCACAAUGCCCUAAUGACAGCGGUGCAGAUUGUCAAAUAUCAGAAUUUAAUUUGCCCAAUAUAUCGUGCAAUAUAGCUUUUAUAGUUUUUCAACCACUCGCUCAACAUGGAAACCGAAGUCACGAAGCACCUAAACAAAGUUUUUGACGGAAAUGCAUCGAACUUGAAAGUUGUCUAUUGUAUUAGACAGCAUGAAAAGAAUGAAAAAGGAGAAAGUAUUGUAUUCUUAAUAAUUAAUUUCAGGAUUUGUGUUAAUGUUUACAAUAUGUUUAGUAGAAAUAACAUAAAGGGAAAUAAAGUGUUUUGUCUACAACAAUAAUUUCUUGUAGUUUUGAUUUUGCACAUUAAAAAAUAUAAUGUGUAAAUGUUACAUUUUUGCAAUAAUAUUCACAUGUCCAUUGCUUAAUUUUCAAUUGUAUAUUUUAUCAUUAUGAUAUAGGAGUAUGUAUGACUAUUUAAUUUUCUUGGAAAAAAUUAUGAAUUAUAUAUAAUAAUAUAAUUAUGUGGGUCUUCACUAUAGAUAGCCCCAUAAAAGAUGUUUUAUUUUCUAUAUGAUAAUGUUUUCCCAUAAAUACAGUAUGUGGUAAAUUUCAAUACAAAGUGAUCAGUUUUACAAUUAUUUGUUUAUUUACAUAUAUUUACAAGUAAAACUGUAGAUACAUAAACCUAUAAUUUUAUCAAAAGAUAAUGUCAUGUGUUGAAACCAAAAUUGUUUUUGUUGAACUUUGGUAAACUUGAGGUAAAGACACCAGUAUCAAGUAACUGAAUUGUCAGAGCAAUAUUAAAUUGAGUCUUUAAAUAUUAUUACAGUUUUAAGUCACAUUUUAAAUAUUGAUACUAUUUCUAGGCAGCAAUUUACAAAAAAUAAACUUGCAUUUCGUCUGUUGUUCAACACUUUGAAAAAAGCACCCUAAAAA